UUUUUUGUCACCCGUCUACACUUGAACUUUUUUGCUGCUGUUAAAGAGAUAAUUUCCCUGAUCAGAAAAUCAAUAAAGACUAAUCUAAUCUAAUCAAUAGCAAUUUUAGAUAGAUGGAAGGGGAGGUUGGUCUUAAGUCUUCUUCUUAAGUCUUGUACAAACUGUGAGUAAAAAAAUAUUGCUGCUCUCAUUUGCACCUUGUGUAAAUAGAAAUACUGCCUGUGUGUUCUUCUUUAUUCUCAUUUGUGUUUAUAACUUAACUAUAACUUAGAAGUAAGUUGACCUGUUUUGUGUGUGGUGACAGCUGCUCUAUGUGCCUUCAGUUGUCCCCUGAGUGACAAACACAUUUUUAAAAAUUGAAAUUAAACUUGAAAUGUGUCCCACUAAAAACACGAGCUCCGCCCGCGCCUCAGGUAACAGGUUGAUUUAAACGCCACGUACGGGGUUCGGCUCAAAGAUGUGGACUAACGGAUUACCAGCUGACACCGUUGACUGACAGCUGCUGCGACCAAUCAGCUCUCAACGCGAUUGUUUUUACAACCGUCGUGAACACGUUCCAGCCAAUGGAAGGCAGCGGGGGCGGGGCGUUGCCAUGGUGAGGAGAAAUCCUUUUAUUUUAGUGGUAGGCUGUGGCCACCAUCACAUCAGUGACUUGCCUUGCACUGACGGUGCAUGACGGCUGUAAACAAACUCCGGAGAAACGGUUGAGCACAAUAUUAUCUGAAGGAGGUCAACAGGUCGGCGUACAAAUGGUGUGGGGUAAAGCCUUGGCUCAGUGCGGGUUGGUUCUGCUGAGUCUGUGGCUGUGUAUCCAGUCAGUGCCUAUAACUAACCGGACCAAAGAAAAGCUUGACGAGGAAGAGGAGCCAUCGCAGAAUGCUGGUAUUAGGCUUCACUAUCAACGCUACCUGCAAGAAGUCUUGGAGUACCUCGAGGAAGACCCCCACUUCAGAGAAAAGCUCAAAACUGUCAACAUGGACGACCUCAUGGCAUGUAAAUUUUCCAAAGGGCUGGACUUUGUCCAUCACAGUGUGCGCACCAAACUGGAUGAGUUGAAGAGGGAGGAGAUGAACAGGCUGCGGAUGCUCGUCAGGGCCAAAAUUGCAGCUGAAACGGACAAAGGUGGGACAGUGGACCAUCGGGUCCUGCUGAAAUACUCCGAGUACCUCAACCACAUGAAUCCUGAAAAGUUUGAAGCGGAGGACCUGGAUCGCCUCUUACAAACGACAUUGAAAAACCUUGAGGACUUUGACAAAGAGCACCACGAGGAGUUCAAGAGAUAUGAGAUGAUGAAGGAGCACGAGAGGAGAGAACGCCUGAAGAACAUGAACGAGGAGGACCGCAAGAAGGCAGAGCAGGAUUAUGAGGAGAUGAAGAAGAAACGCGCAGAACAUCCCAAAGUUAAUCAUCCUGGCAGUGAAGACCAGCUGAAGGAGGUGUGGGAAAAUGAGGACGGUUUGGACCCACAAGACUUUAAUCCCAAGACUUUCUUCAAAUUACAUGACACUAAUGAAGACGGUUUUCUCGAUGGGAAUGAGAUUGAAGCUUUUUUCACGAAAGAGCUAGAGAAGGUGUACUCUACUGAAGAUCGAGAGGCUCAUAUGGCUGAGAUGGAGGAGGAGAGACUUCUAAUGAGAGAGCACGUCAUGAACGAGAUGGACACCAAUAAAGACAGACUUGUGUCACUGAGUGAGUUCAUGGCGGCCUCGAAGAAGGAGGAGUUUAUGAAAAAUGACGAGUGGGAGAGCUUAGAAAGUAAACCUGUAUACACCGAGGAGGACCUGAGGAAUUUUGAACUGAAGCUGGCAGAGCAGGAGAACAGCAUUAGCCAGAAGUCAGCCGAGCUGCAGAAACAGAGAGAGGAGCUCGAAAGAAAACAGGAAGAACUCGAUGCUCAGCGGAAGACGAUACAGGAGGCUGUAGAAGGAAUGGAAAGGUUGAAAGCCCAAAGCAAAAAUGACGAGGUCAAACGUGAAGGUGAACCAGCACCUGUCGUACCAGGGAACAACCAACCACUGCCCCCCAGUCACCAACAGCAAGACGUGCCAGUGCCAGGACACUCUUAGCAAACCUCACCACUGUUUGCUCUAUGAAUGCCUGUGAGUGUGUGUAUGUACGUUUGCUUCUUAAUUAUUUCAAUAUUGUGUUGUGAAAGAAUUCCUGAACUCCACAUGACAGAAAAAUGCUUUGAUACUGGAAAAAAGGGUUUUAUUUCGCAAGAUUAGGUCUGAAUCACUACCAGAGAAUUUCUUCCAAAUUCAUCCGUUACUUUUUUUUUUUGAGUUAUGCUGCUCACAGACAUGGACAGAAAAACACAACCAAAAACAUAACCUCCUUCAUGGAGCUGGAGCAAAAUAUGACUUCAUUUUCAUUUUGUGUCCCUUUUGCCAUUCCCCGUAAUGGUUGAUUCAGCUGCAUGAAUGACCAUUUAAACAUUGGAGCUGGUCCAGGUUUCUGUGUGCACAAAUUACUUUUUUGAUUUUGUCUUUAUGAUCGGCCUCUGUUCUCCAUGGGAAGUUUAAUAGAAAAAGUUUUGUCAAUUGUACACUGUAGUGUCUUGUCGCUGUGUCUUCUUUUUCUUACCAAAAUCUAUUUUAUGCAAAACUGCAAGUUCCAUUUUUUUUCUUUUAAUGAGAUAAAAAAAACUGUCGUGCCCAUUUUAGCAAGUGUUUACACAUCAAUAGAAUAAAUCUAUUUGUUUAAAAAAGUAAAUACAUUUUUGAGAUUUCCCACUAAGCUCUCUGCUUCUGUAAGUAACUUUUUAAAUGGUUGAGUGUUGCCAGUGAAACUCUUCCAAACACAUGAAGCUAAAGAAAAAAUCUGGUGUAAAUUGUUUGUUCUUUGGACCAGAUGAUUGUUUACAUAUUUUUACGUGGAUUAUUUAAUUUAAUUUAAUUUAAUUUAAUUUAAUUUAAUUUAAUUUAAUUUAAUUUAAUUUAAUUUAAUUUAAUUUUGCUGGUGUGACUGAAUGGAUACAAAAGGGGCUGUUUACCAUGCGCUUGUGAGAGUGAGUUUUCAUAGUUGAAUGAUUAAUGUAUUCUCUAUUGUUGUCAAUGAAAGUGAACAUGGGAGUUUAACUGAAGGGUCACAUGUCUAAAAAAAACAAAACAAACAGAUUCCAGAACAGUCAUCAGCAAAUAUAUAGUAGGAAAUAAAAUAAGGACACUCAAUACAGUACAGGGGUAAUGACUUUGGUACAGGUUUAUUUAAAUUUUGGUAGAUUUCAAUGUCUUAUCUUUGGUUUACCUUCUUGAUGUUUAUUUUUAUUUAUUUUUUAUUUGAUGUCCUUUUUUUGUUUUCUAAGUCAUUAAAUCUGUCCACCAACAACAUCAUGUGAAUUCCUGAAGCUGCUCAACUGUACAAGAAUGUAAUGUGGAGAAUAAAGUGAAUAAGCUUGCA